GCGUCAUACGUGAUAGCUGUCAAAAUUCUUAUCUCUACCAUAGAAAUUAGUGCAUAAAAUUGAAUAAUUCUAUUAAGAAUAAAAAUAUAUGUGUAGUGUUUAAUUAUAUUUCGAUUAUUUAUUCUUUUCGUGACAAUAAGUGUGAUAAUAAUUAUUAAUUAAAAAUAAUAAAAGUUUUAAACAAAUAAAGAUGGAACAAACAAGUGAUCGUCCACAGUGGCUUUUGGAAUUGGAAAAUAGAAAAAGAAAGCCCCGUUUAGCGCAUGAAGCUGGAGCAGGAGCGCCAUGCAUGAUAUGUAAUGAUUUGUGUCCUGGUUUAGAUUUACACUUUUGGCGAAAGACAUGUAAAAUUUGUAAAUGUAGCAGAGAUGAUCAUGACGUUGUCAAUGAUGAUUUUCCACAAUUUGAUUUAUUAUUUGGUUCGUCUGGAAAAUCGAAAAGAAAACCUAUGUUAUUGGCUAUAUCCAAUAAAAAACAAGCUAACAGUGAAAUUAAAUUCGACUGGGUACCACCAGACACAACUAAGGAACUUGCUACAGAUUAUAUGAAUGCUUUACCUGUUGAAAAAUUACCUAUUUCGGGAUCAAAUGGUGCAAUAUUGAGGAAACAAUUAUUACAAAAACAAUUACCAUUACAUGAUAUCGAUCAUAAAGCAUGUGAUGAACUUAGUGAAGGGGAGAAAAAAGAAUUGGAAAAUUAUGUAGAGAAUUUGAAGAAAUAUGUUGGACGUGGUAAAGUAAUAAAGAUGUUAGGUGCACGUCCAUUUGAUCGAUCAUUAAUGACACCAGCUAAUGCAACAGAUAUGCAACGUCUUCAUUCGCAGCAGAAAUCAGAAGUAUCUGUGACCAUACCACAACUUCGAACACCAAGCAGCUUUGCAAAAAAUAUUUCAUAUUUAAAAACACCUUACGAGAAUAGACCAGAUUCAAAAGAUAACGAAAGAAACAUUUCUGAUAAUAAAUACUCUAAUCCAGGCUCAUUUCAUAAAUUGGUAAAUUCUUCUGUACCCACUUACGAUGCUAACUCAGAACUACCUACAAUUUGUCAACAUGAAUAUUGCGAGCCUCUUUAUUGUAAACAUGCAGAAAACAAUUCAUGUUCUUUACCUACGACAAAUCAUAAUAACGAAUUUAAACAUACAGAUCAGAAAAAUCUAACUCAUAGAAAUAACGUUGAUCUUCAAACAGAACCAUUUAAUACUGAAUUAUCAAAAUCCGAUGAAAAUCAAGAAAUGAAUCUUCAAGAAGUUGCAGAUAAUAUUUUAGCAAAUGCAUUACUACCACCAAGUGCAAUAAAUGUGCAUGAUAUUGUUAGUAGUACUUUGGAUAAAAAUGAAUUAAUGUAUAUACGUGAUAAACUUAAUAGCAAAUAUAGUAUGCAAGAUAAUUCACAAGGUAAUCAUGCAAGAAGUUUUCCACAUAAUAAAGUGGUGGACAAAGCAGGUAUUGUGGACUCUCAACAAAAUCUUUUACCGAUUGGAUCUACGUCUAAAAUAGGAGAUAUGAAUAAAAACGAUCAGCAAUUUGGAGCUAAGCCUAUAACAGCGGAAAAACGUGUAUCUAAACCUUUAUCAGAAGUAAUUCAAUCUACUUCUACCGGUAAUAUUGCCCCUAACUUUAUUCAUAAUAAAGCGAACACUAUGCAUCCAAGAAAUAAACCAUCAAACGCUAUUCUACAAUCAUCGCAAGUACACAAUGCAGAUUCACUUGAAAACAUUCCAAUAUCAUCUAUAAAUUCACCAGAAAAAUGUGAUACGAAUCAUAAAGAAGUGCCUACAAAAUCUGAAUCAUCUACAACACCAUCUAAUAUUGAAAAUACAAAUUGUGUAAAAGGUAAAUUAAGUGGGAUUAAAAAUGUCCAACCAGUUAUUUCUUAUUCAGAAAAUUUACACAAUCAAGUAUUCCCAUAUGAGGUAAAUUGUUGUAAAGGAAAUCAAUCUAAGGAGAAUCAAGCAGAUAUUGAUGCUCUUAAUGGAGCUGUUAAAGGUUUAACUGUUGAAACAACAAAACCACAAAAUUGUGAGAAGUGUAAAAAAGAAAUUAAUGUUGGGGAUGUAGUUAUAACUGUAGAUAAAGCUAAAAAUAUAUUAUGGCAUCCUGGAUGUUUCGUUUGUUCCGUGUGUGAUGAAUUACUCGUCGAUCUUGUAUAUUUUUAUUAUAAAAAUAAAUUGUAUUGCGGUAGAGAUUUAGCAGUUUUGUUAGGAAUUCCAAGAUGUUUUGCCUGCGACGAGUUAAUUUUUGUACGAGAAUAUACAGUUGCCGAAGGACAUAAUUAUCACGUAAAACACUUUUGCUGUUGGGAUUGCGACAUUCCAUUAGCUGGCCGACAAUAUAUAUCUGAAAAUGAUCAUCCUUUGUGUCUUCCUUGUUAUCAGAACACGUACGCCAAAACUUGUAAUGCUUGUAACGCAGUAAUUGCAGCUGAUCAACAAGGAGUUGCUAUCAAGAAUUUAAACUUUCACGCGACAGAAACAUGUUUUUGUUGUUACAUGUGUAAAAAAUAUUUACUGAACAGUAGAAUGGCAGUCAAAGAGGAUAAACUAUUUUGUAGUAAGGAUUGCAUUUCCAAGUAUUCCAAUUGAUUGAAAAAUAUUAUUCAAUAUAUCACAUUUAUAUUUUUUAUCUUUGCUAAUAUUUUUCAUUUAGCAAAACAGAUUUACUCGCCAUUAUGCCAUACUAGUAUAAUCAUAUUUUUAAUAAUAAUAUAACGUAAUAACUAUGACUAUAUUUUAAUAAUA